AUGGAAUCUUCCGAAUAUGAAUCCGAUGAGGCACCUAGCGAUCGACGUCGGAAAUCGCGAGCCACAAAGAAAGCCAGGGUUGAGAGUACAAUCACGAUCCUCAAAUGGGAGCCAGCAUUUGCGACACACGCAGCAGUCACAGACGUUGGUUUAGAUCGGCUCGACAUGACGAUUGACGACUCAACCAAGAACACCUCGCACUUCAUAGAUCUUGUACAGCACCAAGGCCUCAGGGCCACUGAGGAUGCAAUGACUGGCUCGGUCUACACUCCUUCCAGCACUGAAGCUAUGCAUGUUUACGAUAUGCCUCUCUAUGACGCAGAAGGUCGUUUCUAUGAGCUCAUUGAAGACUCAGUCGCGCUUCUUGAAACAUGCGAGAUUCUGCAGCGAAAGAAAUCGAGCUGCAGAGGAGCGCAGUGUGCGACUGAGCAAGCUGCAUUAGUGAAUCGCAAGUGGAAUACUUUCACCAAAGAGACGUGUAACGACCGCGCCAAAAUCGUCCAACUGGGUCGCAUCACUGUCGACAUGACGAAUAGAGUGUCUCUAGAUCUGGAGAUAGCUCGAUGGGAGCGGAUCGAUAGCAACGCCCGUGGAGAAGCUACUGUUCUAACAGUCAGGACAUUCAUCACGAUCACCAGUCUCGUUAGGUGGAAGCAGAUUCACCACCCGGAUUUCGACCUGGCUGAUCUCAAUGGCUAUGGCGAGGCUGUUCAUACCUCGGUGUCGACUGUCGUAGAACCAUGGGGCAGGUUCGGCUACACUAAGCUCAUGGCUUACAGCCGUAAGGUGGCUAGUAAAAAGAAAGGUUACAUUCGCACCAUACUGCCUCCAGCCAUACACUGCACUAGCGAAAAACCGCCAACAUUCUCUACAAGCCCCCUUGACAUCGACGUCGAAACCGUAAAGGCUCUGCCGUCCAUGGACACAUAUCAUGUGUUUGGUGGAGAGCCAGUACAGGGGGCGUCGAGUGAGAGCCUUGCCAAAAUCGACCUCAACAACCCCUCCAAGCGCGCGGCUACGAAAGCACUGCAAACCAUCAUGGUUGAAAUGGUGGGUAUGAUAGGGACGUUUGCACAGCUCGCGCUCAGUCUCAGCGACAAGGUCAAGUCCCACAUGAAACACACCCGCCGCUUGUCAAGCAACAAGUCAGGUGGUGGUGGCUACGCCAAAGGCCCUUAG